UAGUGAUCAGAUCAUAAUUCGAGGACCUGUCUGGUAGUUUCCUGAAUCUUGGGUGACCGAGACUACGCCCACCGCCGCCGUUCAGCGUAUUUCUCGUAAUCCCAAACAAAAAAACACCAACUCCCUCUCCUUCCCUCUUCUUUCUCUCCCGGAGUCACUUUGUCUUCUUCAUCUGUUUUCCCCUUUUAUCCACUUUACGAAACCCCAUCCAUACCUUUCUACCGGUUUCGAGGUACCGCCAAUAUGGGUCUCACUGUUUCUAAGCUGUUCGAUCGACUAUGGGGAAGAAGGAGAUGCGUAUUCUGAUGGUCGGUCUUGACGCCGCCGGAAAGACCACCAUCCUGUACAAGCUGAAGCUCGGUGAAAUCGUCACUACCAUCCCCACCAUCGGCUUCAACGUUGAGACCGUCGAAUACAAGAACAUUCAGUUCACCGUGUGGGAUGUCGGUGGUCAGGACAAGAUUCGUCCUCUGUGGCGCCACUACUUCCAGAACACCCAGGGUAUUAUCUUCGUGGUGGAUAGCAACGAUCGCGACCGUGUUGUCGAGGCCCGUGAGGAGUUGCAGCGCAUGUUGAACGAGGAUGAGCUCCGGGAUGCUCUGCUGCUUGUUUUCGCCAACAAGCAAGAUUUGCCUAACGCCAUGAGCCCCGCUGAGAUCACACAGCAGCUUGGUCUCCAGAGCCUGACCCGCCGCGCUUGGUUCAUUCAAUCUACCUGCGCCACCACCGGUGACGGUCUCUACGAGGGUCUUGAGUGGCUCGCCGACACUCUCCGGAAAACCAACCGCGAUUAAGCGGGUAUAAUACCAAGGGGAGUAGUAUGUGUGUGUGUGUGUAUGUAGCAGGGCAAGAGAAAUACCACGGGAAAUCUGCAAAUGAUGGAUGAUGACUAUGGAGUUCUUUCGCGAGGCCAUGGGAACAAUGAAUGAACCUUCAAUUAGAAGGACGAUUCAACCGGUUGUGUGUUCCCUCCACUCUAUUUCUCUUCGCUAUGCUAUUAGCCUCAUUUGUUCUUUUUUUUUUAUUCCUGGCGCCACGUCAAAAUUGCUGUUCCUUUACG